AUGACUGUCGAAGAGCGGGACAUUGCAAUCAAAAUGUUGAACGAGGGCUGCAGUAAUGCUGAAGUUGCAGCGCACUUCAAUCGCGAUCCUGCGACUAUCCGGAAACUGCGCAAGAAAUACUCCAGCACCAAGUCGACAAAGGACAAACCUCGUAGCGGUCGCCCGAAGGUAUUGUCGCAUCAACAGGAGAAGCUCCUAUGUCGUGCAGCUCGCCGCCCAGGGCCAAGGAUCACAUACAAGGAGCUCACCGAGGCUGCAACCGUAGUACAGCCUGACGGGACUACUUUGAAGCCGCCAUCUACAGCAACGUUAUAUAGGGCGCUCCGUAGUCAAAAUCUAGUGACCCCGCGCUGUAAGAGGUGA